GAGCCAGGGACAGGGCGGCCACCGGCGCGUGGAGCGAGUGCAGGGACAAAAACCCGGCGACGGGGCCCAGGCAGCUUCCAGAUCGCGACCUGUGUGCGCGCUCCCUCCCGGGGCCCUACGGGACCCCCCACAACCCGCUCCCCAACGCACGCUCACACCCCAGCACCCCCGCCUUGUUACGCGAUGUUUCCAAGGCUGCGAACCGCUCUCCGUUCCCCCUCCGGCUUCGGUCACUUCCUUCCUGGACGCAGUUUUCUGGACGAGUCGGCUCACUUUUAACCCGGCCGGCCUCCGAGAGCCACUUUCUCCUCCCUCCUCUUCCUCCACCUCCUCCUCCUCCUCCAGGAGCGGCCUCCGCGUGCGCGCGCGCCGGUGUGGGUGCGCGCCCCCUCCCCGAGCGCGCCGCCCCCUGCGCGCCCCCGCCAGCGCGCUCACGCGCACACCUCGUCCCCAGCCCUCGGCUCUCUCUGCUCGCAGUCACAGUCGCUGGAGCACCCGCGUGCACCCGGACAUCUUCGGGCUGCUAUUGGAUUGACUCUGAGGGUUCUGGCUGUGUGGGUCGCCGGCACGGCGUGUUGGAAUCAGGUGGAGCAGCGCUUCCAGGCUGGACGAAGUAAAGAUCACUGUUCUUUUUUUUAAUCCCCCCCCCCCUUUCUUAAGAAAGGAAAAUAUCCCAAGGACUAAUCUGAUCGGGGCUUCCUUCAUGAACGAAUGCAGGAACUUGGGAACUGAGCUGUGCAAGUGCUGAAGAAGGCCAUUUGCUGCAAGGAAACAGGAAAGAGAAAGCAAAGGAAGGAAAAAAUACAUAAUUUCAGGGACGAGAGAGAGAAGAAAAACGGGGACUAUGGGGAGAAAAAAGAUCCAGAUUACGAGGAUUAUGGAUGAACGUAACAGACAGGUAACAUUCACCAAGAGGAAGUUUGGGCUGAUGAAGAAGGCAUACGAGCUGAGCGUGCUCUGCGACUGCGAGAUUGCACUCAUCAUCUUCAACAGCACCAACAAGCUGUUCCAGUACGCCAGCACGGACAUGGACAAGGUGUUGCUCAAGUACACGGAGUACAAUGAGCCGCAUGAGAGUCGGACAAACUCAGACAUCGUGGAGACGUUGAGAAAGAAGGGCCUUAAUGGCUGUGACAGCCCAGAUCCCGAUGCGGAUGACUCAGUCGGGCACAGCCCUGAGUCUGAGGACAAGUACAGAAAAAUUAAUGAAGAUAUUGACCUAAUGAUCAGCAGGCAAAGAUUGUGUGCCUUGAACAAGAAAGAAAGCAAAGGCUGUGAAAGCCCCAACCCUGACUCCUCUUAUGCACUCACCCCACGCACUGAAGAAAAAUACAAAAAAAUUAAUGAAGAAUUUGAUAAUAUGAUCAAGAGUCAUAAAAUUCCCGCUGUUCCACCCCCCAACUUUGAGAUGCCAGUCUCCAUCCCAGUGUCCAGCCACAACAGCUUGGUGUAUAGCAACCCAGUCAGCUCCCUGGGAAACCCCAACCUCUUGCCACUGGCCCACCCUUCUCUGCAGAGGAAUAGCAUGUCUCCUGGCGUAACACAUCGGCCUCCGAGUGCAGGUAACGCAGGUGGUCUGAUGGGUGGAGACCUCACCUCCGGUGCAGGCACCAGUGCAGGGAACGGAUACGGCAAUCCCCGGAACUCACCAGGUCUGCUGGUCUCACCUGGCAACUUGAACAAGAAUAUGCAAGCGAAAUCGCCUCCCCCCAUGAAUCUAGGAAUGAAUAAUCGUAAACCAGAUCUCCGAGUUCUUAUUCCACCGGGCAGCAAGAGUGCAAUGCCAUCAGUGAAUCAGAGGAUAAAUAACUCCCAGUCGGCUCAGUCGUUGGCUACCCCGGUGGUUUCCGUGGCAACCCCUACUUUACCAGGACAAGGAAUGGGAGGAUACCCAUCAGCCAUUUCUACAACCUAUGGUACCGAGUAUUCUCUGAGCAGUGCAGACCUGUCAUCUCUGUCUGGUUUUAACACCGCCAGCGCUCUCCACCUCGGCUCAGUCACCGGCUGGCAACAGCAGCAUCUACAUAACAUGCCACCGUCUGCCCUCAGCCAGUUGGGAGCUUGCACUAGCACUCAUUUAUCUCAGAGUUCAAAUCUCUCCCUGCCUUCUACUCAAAGCCUCAACAUCAAGUCAGAACCUGUUUCUCCUCCUAGAGACCGUACCACCACCCCUUCGAGAUACCCACCACACACGCGCCACGACGCGGGGAGGUCUCCUGUUGACAGCUUGAGCAGCUGCAGCAGCUCGUACGACGGCAGCGACCGGGAGGAUCAUCGCAACGAAUUCCACUCCCCCAUUGGACUCACCAGACCUUCGCCGGACGAAAGGGAAAGUCCCUCCGUCAAACGCAUGCGACUCUCUGAAGGAUGGGCGACAUGAUCACAUAUUACUUACUAGUUUUUUUUUUUUCUUGCAGUGUGUGUGUGUGCUAUACCUUAAUGGGGAGGGGGGGUCGAUAUGCAUUAUAUGUGCCGUGUGUGGAAAAAAAAAAAAGUCAGGUACUCUGUUUUGUAAAAGUACUUUUAAAUUGCCUCAGUGAUACAGUAUAAAGAUAAACAGAAAUGCUGAGAUAAGCUUAGCACUUGAGUUGUACAACAAAACACUUGUACAAAAUAGAUUUUAAGGCUAACUUCUUUUCACUGUUGUGCUCCUUUGCAAAAUGUAUGUUACAAUAGAUAGUGUCAUGUUGCAGGUUCAACGUUAUUUACAUGUAAAUAGAAAAAAGGAAACAUUUGCCAAAAGCGGCAGAUCUUUACUGAAAAAGAGAGCAGCUGUAUGCAACAUAUAGAAAAAAAUUAAAUAAAAUGUAUUAAAGUUUGGACAGACCCAGCAGUGGGUGGCCAUUCGUAAAAAUUAGGAAUAUGCCUGGUCACCCAACAUUCGAGCGUGCUCGCAAACCUGCAGUAUGGCACUCAUUGAAAAGGAUCAAAGACCAUUAAAAAGAGGACCAUACCUAUCUUUAAAAAAAAAAAAAAGCAAAAAACAACAAAAAAAAUACAAAACAUGUGGAGUUUGAGGGCUGACGUAUUUAAUUAAAUAAAGAAAUCUGGGUCUGCAUCUCUUAUUAAAUAAAAAUAUAAAAAUAUGUACAUUACAUUUUGCUUAUUUUCAUAUAAAAGGUAAGACAGAGUUUGCAAAGCAUUUGUGGCUUUUUGUAGUUUACUUAAGCCAAAAUGUGUUUUUGCCCCCUCGAUAGCUUCGCUAAUAUUUUAAAAACAGUCCUGUAAAAAAACCAAAAAGGACUUUUUGUAUAGAAAGCACUGCCCUAAGCCAUGAAGAACUCAUGCUUUGCUAACCAAGAUUACUGUUUUCUCUUUGUAGAAGUUUUGUUUUUGAAAUGUGUAUUUCUAAUUAUAUAAAAUAUUAAGAAUCUUUUAAAAAAUCUGUGAAAUUAACAUGCUUGUGUAUAGCUUUCUAAUAUAUAUAAUAUUAUGGUCAUAGCAGAAGUUUUGUUAUCUUAAUAGCAGGGAGGGGAGUAUAUCUGUGCGGUUGCACAUUUGAGUAACUAUUUUCUUUCUGCUUUCUUUUACUCUGCAUACAUUUUAUAAGUUCAAGGUCAGCUGUCAAUAAAA